AUGCCCGAAAAGGUCACAGCAUCAGACACCACCCUAAAGGUAGUUCCGAUCCCUCCUAGUCUCACGCCACCAUCCGAGGGCAAAUCCAAGCCGAAGAGUGUCGAGGAACAGCGUAAACACCUGAAGGAGAGUGUGCGCCAGCUCAUGGAGGCCUUGAUAACCUUCGACACCGCCUUGGACUCGCCCGAGCCCCCCACGUCCGUGGAGCUGAUUGCUGGUCUAGGCGCUCUGGCUCUGGUCAUCUACAUCGUGUGCUCGGUCUUCUUUAUCUCCCUCGCUAUCACGGACAGGGGUAUGUACCUGCGUUUCACCUAG